UUUCUUUUUUUCUUCUCACCUCAACCGUUCGACUCAACACCAAGACCUCUCCUUUCUCUUCUCUAUAUAAAUCAACCCCAGACCCCUAAGCUUUCUUGUACCGGAGAAAACCACCACAAAUCUCAGUCUCUGAGUCUUUGUAGUCAUUCAUCUAGUUUCUUCCAAAAUCUGUAGUCAUGUCUCAGACAGUUGUCCUCAAGGUUGGUAUGUCAUGUGGAGGCUGUGUUGGGGCCGUGAAAAGGGUUCUGGAAAAAAUGGAAGGGGUAGAAUCAUAUGAUAUUGAUUUGAAGGAGCAGAAAGUGACAGUGAAGUGCAGUGUGCAGCCUGAGGCAGUUCUGCAGACAGUUUCAAAAACUGGAAAGAAGACUAGCUUCUGGGAAGCAGAAGCACCAGCAGAACCUGAAGGAAAGCCUGUAGAACUGGAAGGUAAACCUGCAGAACCUGAAGGAAAGCCUGUAGAACCGGAAGGUAAACGUGCAGAACCUGAAGGAAAGCCUGCCGAAGCUGUGGCUGCAGCUUAAGAAUCACUAAUUGCCUGGAAGUGUGUAGUCUAUAAACCACUAAUAGUUUGCUGAACUUAAUAUAGUAUGAACGCAUCUGGAGUAUGAAGUUUGUAGUGUACUUCAAAUAAUUGGAUGUGAGCAACAAUAAGUUCUUGGGUGCUUGGCAUACGAUCUUCUGUUCACACAAUAAGCUGACAGCUUGAUUGCUGUGUUAUUUCUUAUCUUCUUCAUUGCUAUUUACCGCUUCAUUUGGUUGUUUGAAAGGGCGAGAUGUGCCAAAUUUGUAUGCUAGCUAUCAUUCCAACUGGUUUUUAUAUGGUACCUCUGCCUGCCCAUUAUAGUUGCGCCCGUGGUUUUUGCCCAUGUAACAAGUUCCAUUAUGUGUAUACCAGUUUCUUUACAAUAA